GUCAAGGGCCGCUGUUGCAACGACGGAGAUCCCUGCCACGAUGGAUUUUUUCACACCACAAUUGUUGUGUUGAAAUCAGACCCUGGAUGCCUGAACAUUGCGGCAUAAACUCACAGGACCAUGUAAAAGUAUUAUAAAUGACCACCGCUGACAUAUUCUGCUCCGUGAGUGGGACUUCAAGGCGACAAUCAAAGCUCCGGGUUGAUAUCAAGCGCUUAAAGGCUGCCCUUUUUUUCAUCUACUUAAAACUAACCAUAGGCAAGACAAGCUCCAUUGUCCAGUACUGGCCAGCCACCGGCCCACCUGUGGAUGAGUCUUAUCUUAAAAGGAAGCUAACAAAUCCUAAGUUUGAUGAGUUCUGUUUCCUUAAAGACAUAAUUGACAACACCAAGCAUCCCGACGCUACAGUGCUGCAUGUACUCGUGGAAACUCGAACCCGUCGUGGGGCAGAACAGCGUUGGGCUCAGCACUGGUAUGGGCUACGGAAUCCAGUCUCUCAACCAUGGCGUGCGGAAGCCGGCACGAACCUCGCGACCAAGAUGAAGUUGAGUAAUGUGAGUACAGCGUCCGCGGAUGCCUCUGACCAAGGCUUCGCCCAAGAUGCUAUUGAGCACGUAGUCAAGAUCCUGCUUGACUGGUACCGCCCAUACACACAAGCCCGGUUAUCAAAUAUCUUCAAAGUUUGAUAUAACUGGAAAGAAAUGUUUACUAGAAAUCGCUUGGUCUAGUUUUACAUUUCGUUUCGAUGCGUUCGCUUGGAGAGACCGACAACGGUGCAGUU